AUGUCCAAAAACACCUCAAAGUACAAGUUUAAGAUUACCAGCUCGUCCAUUGACAACUUUCUGUUCAAUUUGCGAGUGAUUCGACUCUUAAAGAAAAGACGGAAGAAUAUGGGGAAUCAGGAUUUUCAACUCGAUUUGAGUCAGCUUGAUGAUGAGGAAGAGUUUCUGAAGAAUCUUGACUCGUUAGAGGAAACGAAGGCUGAUUCGUGUACACAACCAGCUGUUUUUCCAGAUACAAAACCUCCUUCACCGCGAAUCCCCCUUGGAAUCAUCCAAUCCCCGAGAACACCCCGAUCCGGCCGCAAAACUCCCCGUGAUCUUGAUGGAAAUGCUGAGAACGCGUCACUCCGCUCUCCGCGACCCACACGUUUCCCGAGUCCCCCACCCGAAGCUGAAGAGAUUCAUCGCAAUACCCCAAUCGAGCAAUACGAUAAUAUCAGUCCGGUGGAGAUCAUCUCAAGACAAAAAGAUGGAUCGAAUCGAAAAGAGAAAAGAGAAAAUCGACCUGACUGGGGUGGUUCUGAUCGAGAGAGGCAAGGGGACCAGCUGGCUCCAAGCACCUUUGAGCCGAUCGGCCCC